AUGGCACUGAAAUAUAUUGUCCAGACGAUAAAUUCUGGAAUUGUCCUCAUCGGUCUGGGGACAGUGGGUCUGGGGGUCUGGGCGUUGAUUGACGAUGAUAAGAUCCUAAUUCUAACGGAGGUGGGGGAUGCCGACAACUUCGAUGUCGUCUCUCUCAUCCGCACGGGGGCAAUGGUUCUCAUCGCCAGUGGGGGUGUGGCUGUCCUCAUUGGAUUCCUGGGUUGCUGUGGAGCUGUGAAGGAAAAUAACUGUCUCCUGUUUGCUAUUUUUGUUUGUAUAACUAGUAUUGAGUAUCAAAUGUCCACAUUUACGACAUUUAUUAACUAUAAUUCUGUUGAAUUUUUUUUUCAGUACUGUGUGGUGAUGGUGAUUAUAUUGUUUGUACAAAUAGCAGCAGUUGUUAUUGCGGCAAUAUUUCAAAAUAAAGUUACAGAAGAUUUGAAAGUGUUUUUGAAGUCCCGCCUGAGUGCCCAAUAUGAAGGCAGUAUAACUACCAAAGACCCAUUCUCUCUGGGUCUAGACGUGGCCCAGAUUCAGUUUGAAUGCUGUGGUAUUGACAACUACAUGGACUUCCUGUCUGCUACAAAAUGGCAGGACACGAAAAACGCCUCCACCAUAAUCCCACUCACGUGUUGCAGAUUUGCUAACAAGGGCGCUUACUACACGGAUUACCAAGGUCUCAUUCUAAAGGACCCCUCCUGUGAAACGUCUCCCUCGGACCAGAAUUCAAACUUCAGAAAGGCAAGCAAGCUGUUGUAG